AUGAGCUCUACAGAAGUAAUAUCUGAUUUUUUCAAGCAACCCGCCUACAAAAUAACUGCUCUAACUUUGAGAAUGGUCGGGCUGUGGCCGCUUCAAUCUAAGUUUGAGGGAAAAUUUUUGCGAUUUCUUUGGUAUUUUUUUAUCACGACUCAAAUGAUACCUCAAAUUUGUGUUUGCAUAACUGAUUUUGGGCUGGAAACAUUGAUGUCAACUAUUCCGCCAUUUACGGUAGCAAUUAUUGCAGGCGCUAAAAUGAUAAUUAGUACAAUUAACAAUAAUAAGAUUAUCGACCUGAUGAAAAUCAUGCACCAAGACUGGACAUCAUUGAAAUCAGAAGUUGAACAUGACAUCAUGAAGAAACACGUCGAGCAUGGACGCUUACUUACACUUUUCAUAUCAAUAUUGUACUACAAUUCGUUGAUGGUGUUCCUCUUAUUACCAGUAAGACCAAAAAUGAUGACCUGGCUAGGAUUGUCCAAAGGUCCUGCUGAUUUCGCAUUUCCAUACCCCGUUAAUUAUGGCGUCGAUCAGGAUAAGUAUUUCUACGUUAUUGAAGCGCAUAUAUCCUUUUGCUCGGCGCUUGUUAUAACACUAAUUAUCGCCGCAGAUACGUUUUUUAUCGUUUUUGUGCAGCAUGUCUGUGGAGUUUUUACAGUAAUAAGUCACCGGUUGAAACAAUUGUCAGUCUCGAAUAAUUUGAACAUCCAGUUGUAUCCAAGCAAAAGGGACGAUGAGGAAUUUUGGAUUAUUGCCAGUUGCAUCAGAAAGCAUAAUGAAGCGAUCAAGUUUACAGAGCUGCUUGAAAAUAUCUACUGCUGGAUAUUUUUCAUAAGUGUAGGCCUUGAAACAUUACUUAUGACAUUUUCUGGUGUACAGUUAGUUUCUCAAAUGGGUAACAUUGAUGAACUAUUUCGUUGGGGUCCAUUCGCCUUUGGUCAAUUAGUUCAUGUUUUUGUCGAAAACGCUAUUUCGCAGCAACUGAUUGACUACAGCGAAGGAUUUCAUGACGCGAUAGCGAUGAUAAAAUGGUACAGACUAUCUAUUCGAUCUCGAAAACUGAUAAGCUUCAUGAUCAUGAGGAGCCGCGUAACAUGUUCUAUUUCAGCCGGAAAAAUGGUUAUUAUGUCGAUGGAAACUUUUGGAAUGAUUUUGAAAACAACCAUGUCGUACUUUACACUACUUACUUCUGUUCAAGAAGAAUAA